CACAAAACAACAUAAGCAAUCAAAGCAUAAACUGUCUAGCUAGUUGCCGCUACCAAAAGAUAUGAAGAUCCAAUGUGAUGUUUGUGAGAAAGCUGAGGCUUCCAUGUUUUGUCCUUCAGAUGAAGCUGCUCUUUGCCAUGGAUGUGAUUUUACUAUCCACCAUGCUAACAAACUUGCAACCAAACAUUCUCGUUUCCCUCUUGUUCAUCUCAACUCCAAAGACUACCCUCUUUGUGAUAUCUGUCAAGAGAGGCGUGGAUAUCUAUUUUGCCAAGAAGAUAGAGCGAUUCUAUGUAGAGAAUGUGACGUUCCAAUCCAUAGAGCAAAUGAACAUACACAGAAACACAACAGGUUUCUUCUAUCUGGUGUGAAGCUUUCAAACAAUUCUUUGGACACAGAUUCAUCAUCCACCGCCAGUAUUGGUUCUCGAUAUUCGAAACCAAACAUAAAACCAAGAUCAGUUUCAAAUGAAAAUGCUAGUUCUUCUUGCAAUGUUGAAGACAACAUGGCUAGUGACACUGGUUCAGUUUCAACAAGCAGCAUUUCUGAGUACUUGAUUGAAACAAUACCUGGUUACUGUUUUGAAGAUUUUCUUGAUGCUUCAUUUCCACCAAAUGGUUUCUGUAAGAGUCAUUAUUCAACAUUUCAGUACCAAGAUCUUCAUGUUAACAAGUUUAUGAAUGGAGUUAAAGAAAACCAGCAAGUUUAUGGAUGUGCAGUACCAGGAACUGGUGCUACAUUAUUAAAAAAAUCUAGAAACUGUUUGUAAAAAUCUGUUGGAAAAUAUUCCUCUUUAUUUUGCUUUCUGCAUUUUCUUAUUAUUCAUUUUUUGUUUACUUUCUCUUUUCUGUUUUUUUUUCCACUGUGUUUUUGAAAUUCUCAUCAACUGUU